UAAUUUAAUGGACACUUUCCCAUUUAACAAUACAUCUCGUGUCGCUCAUCGUAAUAAUAAAAAAGAAAAUAUAGCAGUUGACAUCAUCAUGCAUUAAAUGAUUAAGGGAUUUAGUCAUGGACUCUCUUUCCGUUCUCUGAGAAUUCUCGUUGACUUUGUGGGCUUCAUUUUGCCGCUUAACCAUCGCAAACACGAAGCAAUCUCGGAACCAGUUUGAUAUAUACUAGCGACGGGCAGACCAUUAAUGGAAGCACACGGCGCUAUCCUUCGUGCAUGUUUCCUUUCAUUUCGUCUUGUUGGAUACGGAGAUGCUUGAUAUAUUAAGAAAAAUUAUGGUAAUUUUAAGUCUUCCGUGAAGUCAAACAGCGGCAUUUCUGAUCAGAUAUUUAAGAAAGCCGAAGACCACUUUUUUUCAGUUUGGCAGCACUGAUAGGCAUUCAUCGCUUCUCUAUGUUAUCUUCGAAUUACAAUCUUACUGGAUUCACUUUGUACGAAUCAAAAAUCGUUCUAAUGAUUCUGAUUAAAAAAUGCUAUUUUCUCUCGUUAAAAUAUAUCUGUGUGUGAAAGAAACGUCAUUUGUGACAUUUUGAGAAAUCUUCACAGUCUCUGCAUCCCCACCUGUGCUGUAGCAUUGUACUAGAACUGGAUUUUUCCGAUAUUCUUUUAGUUUCAAUUGACCUCUAUGGUGAUUUUCUUCGAGUCAUCUUGGGUUUAAUGUGCUGAUUAAUUUUUACCGCCAAACUUUACCCAUGACAUUCAACUUCAGUGACAUAGGUAUAUUUCCAGAAAGUCGGAAUGACUUUAUUCAACAGAAUUUUCCCCUCGAAUCAGAGCCACCAUGGACCCUGGGGAAUUCUGAUAAUGGUAUCAUUUAUUCAUCUAUGAAAUCUGUUUCAGGUAACUUUAGGAAAUGUGAUACGAAAGAAGACUGUUUGAACAACACGCAGAGCGAGAUAGAAUGUAUAGACAAUGGGAGCCGGGGAUUUACGACUUGUUACUGCAUACAUAAUUUGGAGGAGACUGAUCGAGACGGAAGAUGUAAAAGCCUAUCAUACAGUUCUCAUGAAGAUGCCAAGGAGACAUUUCUGAUAUCCAUUGACAACAAUGCCACAAGCAAUUAUAACAAAACUCUGAAUCCUGUUUUAUCAGCGAAACCGGAAGUCCCGGAAACACAAACUCUUCUUCAAAUAUUCAUUCCCGUAUCAUUCAUAAUCACCCUGUUAAUGGUUCUUGCUUUCAUUUUUGCGAGAAAGAGACAGUUUUGUCAAAAGAGGAAAAAGAGAAAAGAUGUUAUUAUUCGCAAUAACGAGGACAUUCAGUUGUUAGAUAGAAUGAACUUUGUGAAUAAGAAUCCGACAUAUUUUAUGACGUCACAAGAGAAGUCAGACGAAAAGAAGGUUUCAAUAAAAGAGAUUCCAUUUGAAAGGGUGAAGAUAAUAGAAACAGUGGGAGAGGGAGCUUUUGGACAUGUUUAUAAGGGCCUAUAUUACACCCAAGACUGUCCAAGCGCAAAGGACGUUGCAGUAAAAAUUUUGAAGGAAGGCGUGUCAAACGAAGUCAAGGAAGAUUUUGAAAGAGAAGUUGAAAUAAUGAGCAACUUUAACCACGACAAUAUUUUGAGUCUGCUAGGUGUUAUUACCAAAGAUAUUGGUGAUACGCCCUAUAUGAUAUUUGAGUACAUGGUUCACGGAGAUUUGGCUGAACUCCUCCGCAGAAAUGAUCCAGUGAUGCGAAAGAGUGAGAAUGAUUUCAAACUCAAGAAGGCUGACCUCAUUGAUGUGGCGUUGCAAAUAGCCAAUGGGAUGAAGUAUCUGACGUCACAGCAUUUUGUGCACAGAGAUUUGGCAACAAGGAAUUGUCUGGUAGGAGACGAUCUUACAGUCAAGAUAUCGGACUUCGGAAUGGCGAGGGAUGUGUACACUCACGACUACUACAAGAUUGGGGGUUCCAGAAUGCUUCCCGUGCGUUGGAUGUCGCCGGAGAGUGUUAAAUACGGCUGCUUUACGAACGAGUCGGAUAUCUGGGCUUACGGCGUGGUUCUGUGGGAGAUUUACAGCUAUGGUCGACAACCGUACUAUGGGCACUCAAAUGAAGAGGUUGUUCGCUUCUUGGACGAGGGUAUACUGUUACAGCGAUCUGAGGAAUGUCCCGACACAGUCUAUCACAUAAUGCUGAGCUGCUGGAAAACAGACCCAAAAGAGAGACAUUCGUUUUGCCGAAUCCACAAGCAUCUGACUGACUUCAGCAAAGAGAUCUUAAAAAGUUCCAACUGCAGCUUAAAUACCACGGAACAAAAUGCUUGUUGAAGUCAUAAGGACCAUAAA